UUGUGAGCAGAUUGGCCGAACCACAGACCUGAAGUGUUCGCUGGCACGUCUUCGGCUAAACGUAAGGCUGUUGCACGGUCAGUACGCGUCCGUGUGGUUAAAACCUCCAGCCGGUGGACUUGACAGACUCGCGACAGUUGCAGGAGUUGGGUCCGAAAACAGCGACGGAGUCUUGACCCCCUUUGUCCUCUGAUCACUUCUCAUCGUUCACUCUGCAGCUCCAGUCACACGCAGAAGAUGAACAUGGAAGUGGAACUUGGUGGAUUUCUGAGCCAGAACUCGACCUAUGAUUAUAAUGAGGACUAUGAGUAUAAAGGGGACGAGGAAUCCGAGGGCAGAAAGGCCGUGUUGAUCCCGCUCUUGUACUCCGCCAUGUUGGUUGUUGGUCUGCUGGGGAACCUGCUGCUCCUGGUUAUUCUGGCACAGAAGAGAAGAUCUUGGAGCAUAUCAGACACAUUCAUCCUCCACUUUGGAGUCGCAGAUAUCCUGCUGCUGGCGACGCUGCCCCUCAGGGCGAUACAGGCCGCUGAACACGGAUGGCGCUUUGGGGCUGCGCUGUGCAAGAUCAGUGGAGCUGUUUUUAAUUUCAACUUCUACUGUGGGAUCCUUCUGCUGGCCUGCAUCAGUGUAGAUCGCUGCCUGUCCAUCGUCCACAACACACAGCUGUUCUCCCACAAGAAAUGUGUGUUGGUUCAUCUCAGCUGCCUUUCCGCCUGGUUCAUCUCCCUGAUCCUCACCAUACCCGACUGGAUUUUUCUAACGGCUGCAAAAGAUGACGCACAAAUUAAAAAUGAAAAAACAGUUUGUGUGAACGACUACUCUCAGUCAGUAAUUGACUUGCGCCUGUUUUCACACCUGUGCCACACACUGGGCUUCCUGCUGCCUGCAGUCAUCGUGAUCUUCUGCUGCGCCCGUAUCCUGCUACAGCUACGGCAGAGAUCGAAAAGCCUCCACAAGCAGACAGCCAUCAUGGUCCUCCUGCCCCUGGUGUCGGUCUUCUUUGUCUUCUGGGUACCAUACAUCAUCACGCUCAUUGUGGGCACCUUCAGGAACUAUUCCCUGACAACAGCUCUGAUGGUCACAGCUGCUCUGGGCUACGUUCACGCCUGCCUUAGGCCUCUGCUCUAUUUCUGCCUGUGUGGAAACUUUAGGAAACGGACUAUUGCCUUACUGACAUGUGCUAAAGAUGAAUCCAGAAGGUCACUGUGGGAGCUGGGUGUGGGUGAGGAAGCUCUGCCUGACCAGAGUCAUGAGGCGGAGGGGCUGAAACAGAUGACAAGUGAAGAGCUUCAGGUGCAGUCACUCAGUGCUGACCAACAGACAAAUAAAAGCACUGUGUGACUAAGAGACGAAUAAUUUUUCACCGCUGUCAUGUUUUGGCACCAAGUGGUUCGAGAACUAUAUUGUGUGUAAUGUUGAGAAAUAGUAUUUAUUUAGAAAAAGACUCAUGUUGCACUUUACUGUGAAGGUUUCAGAGCCACAUCAUGGUGUUGAACUUUUAUUUUUAUAAUCACUGUUACACAACUGUA